AUGUCCGGCCUCGAGAACACAAAGUUUGAGUCUUCCUCGCUGAAAGGUUCAUAUGCCUGGACGGAAACAUUGAAGGGGGUUUACUAUGGCUCAGGUUCGCUCAAGACCGCGCUGCCUAAACUGUUGCACAUUGUUGGAGGGACCAAAGCGCUGAUUGUAACAGGGAAAAGUUUGUACGAGAAGACGGAUGUCGUCAAGAGGGUGGAAGCCGUUCUCAAGGAGCGCCAAGCGUAUGGUGGCACUUUUCAUGAGAUACGACAGCACUCGCCAGUUGCGGAUAUUCAUAAGGGGUUGAAAGUGUUCGAAGACGUGGGCGCAGAUAUCAUCAUCUCCGUCGGAGGAGGCUCGCCAAUUGACGCAUCAAAAGCAAUCUUGUACUUCCACCAGCAGAAGACCGGCGGAGAGUUCUUGAAACAGAUCGCCAUUCCGACGACGCUCAGUGCUGCGGAGUAUACUGAAGGCGCAGGAUACACCAACGAGGAGGGCAGCAAAGUCCUCGUGGCGAACCCGCAGCUAGCUCCUGCGGGAAUUAUCCUUGACGCUGAAUUGACACUCGCGACGCCUGAAUGGCUUUGUCUCCACUCAGAGAAUCUGUACAGACCGUUUGUCCCUCCGCCCAUCAAGCACCUCUGCUAUGCCGCCCUCGCUGAUCUCUUCAAGUAUCUUCCGGAAUCAAAGGCCAACCCAGAGGCGAUUGAUGUCAGGCAGAGGCUCCAGAUUGCAUCGUGGAUGAGUCUCUGGCCUCUCAAACCGGAGAAGUACAGUGGUGCUGGUCUUCUGUCUCAUACUCUUGGACACAAGUUGGGCGCGACGUACAACAUUCCUCAUGGGAUCACGUCUUGCCUGACUCUGGCGCCGACGGUUGCGCUGAAAGCCCAGAUCGCCUCUGAGGAGGACAAGGAGUGGCUCUCUGGCGUUCUUUUCCAUCUUCGCGAGCAGCCCACAGGCUCACUGGUGAAGAAUCUGGGACUGCAGUCCAACCUGGAAGAAUACAAAGUCCCCAAGACCGACGUGCCCAAGAUUGCGGAGCUCGCUGUGGGCAGCAGGGAUGAUCCGACGUAUCCGCAGGUGGUGAAGCUGUUGGAGGGGUUGUAUCCGAAGUAA